UGGCAGGCAGAUUCUUAACCACUGCGCCACCAGGGAGGCCCCACACAAGCAUUUUUAUUGGUGUUUGCUUUCUGAUUCUGUGUGUAAGUUCCUUCAGUCUGUGUAAAGAUGAAUACAGGUUUUGCUAAUCUACAUCAGUACUUUUAUCACUCACGCAUUUUCUCCCACAGAUUAUGAAACCAGGCAUUGUGUUUGGUGUCUUUAAAGACAUCUUAGAGCCUCCGCCUUUCUCUACAACACAUUUCUUAGUUCUCUUCUUAUCAGUCUCAGUUCAUGAGAAAUUUAGGAGGUAGGUACAGAGUCCUAAGUGAGAAGAAAAUACAAUCCACUAACCAGGUUAAACCCAGCCAUGUAGACACAGGUAAUUAUUCUAGAAGGGAAAGAUAUCUGUAUACCUGUGAUUUCUUUUUAGCAGUCAUACCAUAACCUUGUGAAAUUACCAUAAAUAUGUUUUAAAGUGGGGAUGUGGCGGCCAUGCCAAGGAGAGAGGAACCCACCCAUCCAGAGUAGAAAGAAGAAAUGGUAAUUCCCGCACGUUCCUUUUUUCUCUUUGUUAUAUUAGUAUUAUUUAUGAAUUUAUUAUCUUUCCUGUAUGCUUUGGAGAAGAAGCAAGCUGUAGGGGACAGACAGGGGACUAGAAAUUAGGAAGCAUGGUUUCUCAUCCAGGCCCUGCCCUAACUGACUCUGGUUUUGGACGAAGUGCUUGAAGUCUCCAAGUGUCUGCUGGAUUUUAACCAUCUGUUAAAAUGAUGCAAAAUCUGCCUUGUUUACUCCAUAGCGUUGUGAGGGUAUAAAAAGAAAUCAUCUGGGACAUCCAGAAGGACCUAAAGGACCUGUGACAUCUGGCCGCUAGGCUGUAGAAACUUAAAACUGCAGUGUGAUUAACCACGAGCCUUUAGUUUUCAUCCCUGUACAUGGAGCACAGUCUGCUCUUAUCUUCCUAAGUAUGUGAAUCUGGGCUCCCAGAAUCAAAGCCCAAGCUUGGUUUAAUGCUUGCAAGAUGAGUCCUUGAACAAAUAAAAUUAACUAUCGUAGUGUGAAAAAAAAAAAAAAAAAAGAAAUCAUCGCGCAGGCAGACCCUCAAGGACUCUGCAAACGUGAGCAUGAGAGUCUUGAUGUCUUAGCUGGAAACAGUCGCCACCCUGGACGUCCGUCCUCCCUCGGGGCAGCCUGGCUCGCCGUAGCUCUGGCCAGACUGGGAGACUCUGAAGCUCCCUUCCCUGUUCCCCCUUAUCCAAGGUCACUUCCUUUGUCUUGUGUGUGGUCUUAGGCGGAGCGGCCUUGAGCACUCAGUAGCUAGUCUAUGUGUUUCUCCCCGUAGAUAGUGAGCAUCCUUAGCUUAGGUUCCAGUCCAAGAGACAGGGAUCAUUCCAGAAAGGAAAAGGGAAGCACGCAGAUGCUGCCUGCAAAUGCACCGCAGUUUCUGACGAGCUUUGCCUGCACUGCUGAUCCUGCAUUGGAACCUAUUUACCGGGCGUUUUCAGUGCUUGAUCAGGAAAGGAGGGAACACUGUGAAGGAGGACGUGGUUGCCUGGUGAAAUGGCAAAACCGGGGGCAUUGGGGUCAGACAGGCGGCUGGUUCUUAAAUUCUGACUUGCUGGGACUUCCCUGGCAGUCCAGAGAUUAGGACUCCACGCUUUUACUGCUGAGGGCCCGGGUUCAAUCCCUGGUCGGGGAACUAAGAUCCCAUAGGCUGCGCCAUGUGGCCAAAAAAAAAAAAAAAAUUCUCACUUGCUCCUUUACUUGGUAUGCGCUUUUAUAUUCAGAAAAAAAUAACAAACCCAGUCAUAGUUAGUGCAAACAAACCCAAGCAGGAAGAACACAGAUUCUGCAGGCAGGGAUUUUGGUUCAGGAUGUGCCACUAGAGGAUUUUACAGCCCACACAAGUCCUUUGACCUCCUGAGUUUUCCUUUCCUGGGCUUCAGUGGUAAUUAUAUAUUACACAUGCCUUGCAGAUUUGCUGUAGAAUUCAAUAAGAUAAUCUGUGUCACAUUCCUGGGACAAUGCCUGUACAUUGUCAAAAUGUGACAGCCCCUGACUCUCCCCUUGCUACAUUGCUUCAGGAAAGAGCUGAUUCAUGUUGAAAAGUGUUAGGAGAACUAGAUCCACAUGGAAUUUUGCCCUGAGCUAGUUUAAGGGUGUGCCUGUUACCUACCCGGUGGGCUCCCUUCCAGCCCUAGAGUCACUGAGCUACGCUAGGUGGAUAGUUUUAAAGUAUUCCAUUCAUUCUUUCCUGCUGCCUCUCAGGAUCUUGCGGGUUUCCCCAGCCGUGAAAAGUAGAUCCAGUGAGCUGAACUUGGCUUCUUUUCCUUCUUCCCUGCCAUGUGAGUUGCCUCAGCUAGAAGGGGGAACCCCUAUGCAUUGAUUUCUACACGAUGGUUGGAUGUCAUAUCUAAGUUUACCUUUCCAGUGACAACCCAGUUAUACUUUUUGAAUAUGCACAGAUCUGCACCCCACAUCAUACUUAUCCUAUUUUCUCAACUAAAACUCAGGUCUUGAAAACUGACAAGUUGGAGUAUAUUUGUGGGGACGUCGGGACAAGACUUUUUGGAAGAGGAGCUGUCCCAGGAAUUCUGAGAACAACAAGGUCACGCUCUUCCGCCAGCUGCAGCAGAUGACGUACAGCCUGAUCGAGUGGCGGUCCCAGAUCCUGUCUGGAACCCUCCCCAAGGACGAACUGGCAGAGCUCAAGAUGAAGGUCACAGCCAAAAUUGAUCACGGGAACAGAAUGCUGGGGUUGGAUCUGGUCGUGCGGGACGACAACGGGAACAUCUUGGACCCCGAUGAAACCAGCACCAUCGCCCUCUUCAAGGCCCAUGAAGUGGCCUCGAAGAGGAUUGAGGAAAAGAUUCAAGAAGAGAAGUCAAUCCUGCAGAAUCUGGACUUGCGGGGCCAGUCCAUCUUCAGUGCCGUGCAUACCUACGGCCUCUAUGUGAACUUCAAGAACUUUGUCUGCAACAUUGGGGAAGACGCAGAGUUGUUCAUGGCCCUCUACGACCCGGACCAGUCCACGUUCAUCAGUGAAAACUACCUAAUUCGUUGGGGCAGCAAUGGAAUGCCCAAGGAGAUCGAGAAGCUUAAUAACCUUCAAGCGGUCUUUACUGACCUCAGCAGCACAGACCUCAUCCGACCCCGCAUCAGCCUCGUGUGCCAAAUUGUCCGGGUUGGCCACAUGGAGCUGAAGGAGGGCAAAAAGCACACAUGUGGGCUCCGAAGACCCUUUGGAGUAGCAGUGAUGGAUAUUACCGAUAUCAUACAUGGGAAGGUGGAUGAUGAAGAAAAGCAACAUUUUAUUCCCUUUCAGCAAAUUGCCAUGGAAACCUAUAUCCGGCAGAGGCAGCUAAUCAUGUCGCCCCUGAUAACAUCCCAUGUGAUUGGGGAGAAUGAGCCACUCACUUCAGUCUUGAAUAAAGUGAUAGCAGCCAAGGAAGUGAAUCACAAAGGACAAGGACUUUGGGUGUCCUUGAAGCUCCUGCCGGGGGACCUCACACAGGUUCAGAAAAACUUUUCCCACUUGGUGGAUAGAUCCACAGCAAUCGCCCGGAAAAUGGGCUUUCCUGAAAUAAUCCUUCCAGGAGAUGUUCGGAAUGAUAUUUACGUCACCCUGAUCCAUGGGGAGUUUGACAAAGGGAAAAAGAAGACGCCGAAGAACGUGGAGGUGACCAUGUCUGUGUUUGAUGAGGAGGGCAGGCUCUUGGAGAAAGCAAUUCAUCCUGGUGCUGGAUACGAAGGCAUUUCCGAGUACAAAUCAGUGGUCUAUUACCAAGUCAAGCAGCCCUGUUGGUAUGAGACUGUCAAGGUAUCCAUUGCUAUAGAAGAAGUCGCUCGCUGCCAUAUAAGAUUUACCUUCCGACACCGGUCAUCUCAGGAAUCCAGAGAUAAAUCGGAGCGAGCCUUCGGGGUGGCCUUCGUGAAGCUGAUGAACCCGGACGGCACCACCCUGCAGGACGGGAGGCAUGAUCUGGUGCUUUAUAAGGGUGACAACAAGAAAAUGGAAGAUGCUAAAUUCUACCUGACCCUGCCUGGAACCAAAGUGGAGAUGGAAGAAAAGGAGCUCCAGGCAUCCAAAACCCCAGGCAACUUUACGCCAAACAAGGAUAGCACAAAAGAUAGCUUUCAGAUCGCCACCCUCAUCUGCUCCACAAAGCUCACUCAGAACGUUGACCUGUUAGGCUUGUUAAAUUGGCGUUCGAACCCUCAGAACAUUAAACACAACUUAAAGAAGUUAAUGGAGGUGGAUGGAGGAGAAAUUGUUAAGUUUUUGCAAGAUACACUAGAUGCACUUUUUAACAUAAUGAUGGAAAUGUCAGACGAUGAAGCAUAUGACUUCCUUGUGUUUGAUGCACUGGUGUUUAUUAUUUCACUGAUAGGCGACAUCAAGUUCCAGCAUUUCAAUCCCGUCCUGGAGACCUACAUCUACAAGCACUUCAGUGCCACUCUGGCCUAUGUGAAACUCUCCAAGGUACUGAACUUUUACGUGGCGAAUGCAGAUGACUCCAGCAAGACGGAAUUGCGUUUCGCUGCUUUGAAAGCCUUAAAGUACUUGUUUAGGUUCAUCAUCCAAUCUAGAGUGCUCUACUUGAGAUUUUAUGGCCAAAGUGAAGAUGGAGAUGAAUUUAGUAAUUCCAUCCGCCAGUUAUUUCUCGCUUUCAAUAUGCUGAUGGACAGGCCUCUGGAGGAAGCUGUCAAGAUCAAGGGGGCAGCCUUGAAGUACCUUCCUAGCAUCAUUAAUGACGUCAAACUUGUGUUCGAUCCAGUUGAGCUCAGCGUACUCUUCUGCAAGUUCAUUCAGAGCAUCCCUGACAACCAGUUAGUGCGCCAGAAACUGAACUGCAUGACCAAGAUAGUAGAGAGCAAUCUUUUCCGGCAGUCGGAGUGCAGAGACGUGUUGUUGCCUCUGCUGAUAGACCAGCUCAGCGGCCAAUUAGACGACAACUCCAGCAAGCCUGACCAUGAGGCCAGCUCGCAGCUUCUGAGCUACCUCCUGGAAGUUCUGGACAGGAAGGAUGUGGGUCCCACGGCGCUGCACGUACAGCUGAUAAUGGAACGGCUGCUGCGAAGGAUCAACCGGACCGUGAUUGGGAUGAGCCGACAGUCUCCCCACAUCGGGAGUUUCAUUGCUUGCAUGAUUGCCAUCCUGCGGCAGAUGGACGAGAGCCACUACAGCCACUACAUCAGCACUUUCAAGACCAGACAAGACAUUAUUGACUUCCUCAUGGAAACUUUUAUCAUGUUUAAGGAUCUAAUUGGAAAGAACGUCUACGCCAAAGACUGGAUGGUCAUGAAUAUGACACAGAACAGGGUUUUCCUCCGUGCCAUAAAUCAGUUUGCUGAGGUUCUCACAAGGUUCUUCAUGGAUCAGGCAAGCUUUGAACUUCAGCUCUGGAACAAUUACUUCCAUUUGGCAGUCGCUUUUCUCACCCAUGAGUCCCUUCAACUUGAAACCUUCUCACAAGCCAAGCGCAACAAAAUUGUAAAAAAAUACGGGGACAUGAGAAAGGAAAUCGGCUUUAGGAUCCGGGACAUGUGGUAUAACCUGGGUCCCCACAAAAUCAAAUUCAUCCCAUCCAUGGUGGGUCCCAUUCUGGAGGUCACACUGACCCCCGAAGUAGAGCUCCGGAAAGCCACCAUCCCCAUUUUCUUUGAUAUGAUGCAGUGUGAGUUCAAUUUCAGUGGAAAUGGCAAUUUCCAUAUGUUUGAGAAUGAGUUGAUCACAAAGCUGGACCAAGAGGUGGAAGGGGGAAGAGGAGAUGAACAAUACAAGGUCCUUCUGGAAAAACUGCUUCUAGAACAUUGCCGGAAACAUAAAUACCUCUCCAGCUCCGGAGAAGUAUUCGCGCUCCUGGUCAGCAGCCUCUUAGAGAAUCUCUUGGACUACAGAACCAUUAUCAUGCAUGAUGAGAGCAAGGAAAACCGCAUGAGCUGUACCGUUAACGUGCUGAAUUUUUACAAAGAAAAGAAGAGAGAGGACAUCUACAUAAGAUACUUGUACAAGCUGCGGGAUUUGCACCGGGACUGUGAGAACUACACCGAAGCUGCCUACACACUCCUCCUACACGCUGAGCUCCUGCAGUGGUCUGACAAGCCCUGUGUACCCCAUUUGCUUCAGAGGGACACUUACUAUGUGUACACCCAGCAAGAGCUUAAAGAGAAGCUGUAUCAAGAAAUCAUAUCGUAUUUUGACAAAGGCAAGAUGUGGGAGAAGGCAAUCAAGCUGAGCAAAGAGUUGGCUGAGAAUUAUGAGAGCAAAGUAUUCGACUACGAGGGCCUGGGUGAUCUCCUGAAAAAAAGAGCCUCAUUUUAUGAGAACAUCAUUAAGGCAAUGAGGCCUCAGCCUGAAUACUUUGCUGUUGGCUACUACGGACAGGGCUUUCCUUCUUUCCUACGGAACAAGAUCUUCAUCUACCGGGGGAAGGAGUACGAGAGGCGAGAAGACUUCAGCCUGCGGCUGCUGACCCAGUUUCCCAACGCCGAGAAGAUGGCCAGCACCACGCCCCCGGGAGAGGACAUCAAGUCCUCCCCCAAGCAGCACAUGCAGUGUUUCACCGUAAAGCCAGUGAUGAGCCUGCCGCCCAGCUACAAAGAUAAACCAGUUCCAGAGCAGAUCUUAAACUACUACAGAGCCAAUGAAGUACAGCAGUUCAGAUAUUCUCGGCCGUUCCGGAAAGGAGAAAAGGAUCCCGACAAUGAGUUUGCUACCAUGUGGAUUGAAAGGACCACGUAUACGACUGCCUAUACCUUCCCUGGGAUUCUCAAGUGGUUUGAAGUCAAGCAGAUUUCAACAGAAGAAAUCAGUCCUCUGGAGAAUGCCAUUGAAACCAUGGAGCUCACCAAUGAGAAGAUCAGCAACUGUGUCCAGCAGCACGCCUGGGACCGGUCCCUCUCCGUGCAUCCCCUCUCCAUGCUGCUCAGUGGCAUCGUGGACCCGGCUGUCAUGGGGGGCUACUCCAACUAUGAGAAGGCUUUUUUUACAGAAAAGUACUUGCAGGAGCAUCCUGAAGACCAGGAGAAGAUCGAGCUGCUAAAGCGACUAAUAGCGUUGCAGAUGCCUCUGCUGACAGAGGGGAUCCGCAUCCAUGGGGAGAAGCUGACGGAGCAGCUGAAGCCACUGCACGACCGGUUGUCUUCUUGCUUCCGGGAACUCAAGGAGAAAGUGGAAAAGCUCUAUGGGGUUAUAACACUGCCGCCCAACUUGACGGAGAGGAAGCAAAGCCGCACAGGGUCUAUGAUGCUCCCCUACAUCAUGUCGUCCACACUGCGGAGAUUGUCCAUCACCUCGGUGACAUCCUCUGUGAUCUCCAGCUCUUCUAACUCAUCUGAUAAUGCUCCUUCCAGACCAGGAUCUGAUGGGUCCAUCCUGGAGCCCCUUUUGGAGCGCAGGGCCUCGUCAGGGGCCAGAGUGGAAGAUCUGUCCCUCAAAGAGGACAGUGAGAACCGGAUGAGCAAGUUCAAGAGAAAAGACUGGAGUCUGAGCAAAUCCCAGGUCAUCGCAGAGAAAGCAUCAGAACCUGAUCUGAUGAGCCCAGCCAGAAAAGCACAAAGGCCAAAGAGUCUCCAGCUGUCGGACAAUCGGCUGACACCGUUUCAUGGCUCUUCCCCGCCUCAGUCAACACCCCUGAGCCCACCCCCGCUCACUCCUAAAGCGACCAGGACCCUGAGCUCUCCAUCUUUGCAGACAGACGGGCUGAUGAUGGCUACAGUCCCACCUCCCCCUCCACCCAAAAGCAAGCCCUACGAGAGCAGCCAGAGGAACUCCACAGAGAUUGCAGCCCCACUGCCUGUCCUAAGAGAAGCCAAAGCCCCGCCCCCUCCACCUCCAAAAGCUCGGAAGUCGGGCAUCCUUUCUUCUGAACCUGGAUCCCAGUAAGGAUCUUGUCCUCUCUCUGGAACUCUGAUGCCUGGGAGCUGGCCUCGCGGAGGCAGUGUCCUCAUGGGUCCCCUGCUGGCUGCCUCUCCUCAUCUGGGGUUGAGGUUCACCUGCUCAAAACUGGUUUCAUUCUUUAGAAAGCUUUUCUUUGAUCGAUGCCCGAGGCCACGCCAUAUCUCCUCCAGUCCAUGAGGAAUCCCGGGAUCGGCCGUGCCCCGUGUGUCUCCCUCACCAUUAUUACAUUUCAGCCUCUAGCACAGUGCCACUGGGGUCUACGAAAGCCUGGAUAACUUCAUCAGUGGUGGUGGGAAAACCCCAGUAACCUAUUCCUUGGAGGAAUUUUUUGCUUUGCUUCUGAAAAGCUGUGCUUAAGACGUAGUUUUCUCACGUGGACAUACCUUGUUCCAUACAACAUAUUGGAAGAGACCAACAUCAAGUACUUUGGUAGCUGGAAUCAUCUAUCUUUCUGAGGUCUCCUGUGUCUCCUCUGUGGAAAAGAACAUCUUUUUAAUGGAAAUCGGCUGCUUUCAAGUAUGAAUGGCUAUCAUUAUCGAAAGAACAUGGACUCAGUCGUGAGCCCUGAGCACCUGUGUCCCCCCACCCAUCUGUGACAUGGAAAAGCUUCCCUCCUUCCCCCGGCCCCGCGCCAGGAGUUCCCUCACACUCCCGACUAAUGGUCCUAACUGCAUGGCAGUCACUCCUUCCUACCAUGGACUCCUGAGGCUCUGUCUUUUGCACACAGUUUCUUGUCCUGUUACCUCCUCUGAGCUCAAAUCACUGGAUAUAAG